GAUGGCGGCGGCGGGCCCCGGCGGCCGGGCCGCGGUGCCGGCGCGGCGGGGGCGGCGGCGGCGUGGGCGGACCGGGGCGGCGGCGGCGGCUGAGGAGGACGAGGUGGUGUUAGCGGUGGCGGAUUGCCCGGUAUGCCGCCAGGCUCUGGUAGAGGCGGUGACGCCGCCCUGCCGCCACUCGCUUUGCCUCGCCUGCUUCCAGCGCUGCCUGCAGGGCCCGGGCCUCUGCUGCCCGCUCUGCCGCAGCCGCCUCUCCACCUGGGCCCGCCGCCAGCAGGCCCGACCCGAGCCCGCCGCGACGACGGCCGCCGGAGGAGGCGGGGAGCAGCGGCCGCCGGACCAAGACUUCAUAUUCAGAGCACCCAUUAAAUUAAGCAAACCAGGGGAACUCCGAGAAGAAUAUGAAAGCCAGCUAAGGAAGCUGAGAGAAGAAAAACUACAAGAAGAAAAAGCUUCCGAGGAUCUGAUUCACAAGUUCAUUCUAGAUGACAUGGAAGUAGGAAAAAGAAAAAUGGAAGAACAGCAGAAAAAAGAUGAACCUUUAGUGCUUAAAGUGAACCAAGAGUGUUUUCCUGAGCGUCUCUCAGAUUCAGAGAAUGAAGAACCAUUCCAGGGCAAGCAAACACAUCGGUCGGCUUUUGUUUCCAAGACCAGUGCCUACUCCUUUGCUUUCCUUUCAGGGAACCUAACCGCCAAGGUGGAAAGGAGUCGGAGCUGCAAUGACACCAUUCAGGAGAGAUCAAAGAGCAGGCAGAGAUCAGUCCCAGCCAACAAAACAAAGGUGCCACCCGUCACCAGCACGUCGACGCCGCUGGUUGGAGUUUUGUCGUCCACCCAAAACAACCGCUGCCUCUCCGCCCCAGACCUGACGGCAGAGAAGCGCCUGGUUCUCAACCCCGUUUCGUCCCUCUCGGCCCUGCACAAGCCAGAGCGAUCCAUCAGCCCCGAGAGCAACGACAGCAUCUCGGAAGAGCUCAACCACUUCAAGCCUAUCGUCUGCUCCCCAUGCACUCCUCCAAAGAGGCUUCCUGACGGCAGAGUCCUGAGCCCUCUCAUUAUCAAGUCUACCCCGAGAAACCUGAACCGGAGCUUGCAGAAGCCGACCACCUAUGAGGCCAGUCCUAGAAUACUGAAAAAAUGGGAGCAGAUAUUUCAGGAGCGCCAGAUCAAAAAGACUCUGUCUAAAGCAACCCUUACGUCCUUGGCUUCGGAGCCCGGAGAAGACGUUAUAGUUCCUGACAUCACCAACUCCAGCACUUGCACUAAAGAGCAGCCACAAAUACAGGAUGAUCACCUUCCACCUGACACAACAGGAGACCCUCGCCCUGAGCUGGAUUUCUUUCCUUCCAUCAGUGAAACGAAGCUGGGAAGAGGGAUUGAGAAGAACAGAGAUUCACAGGCCUUAACAACAGAUGACAGUGCUGCCGAACCAGGUGCGAGAUCAAAUGUCACCUCCAUAAACAGACGAGUGUCCGAAGUCCCUGACCUAAAGGUGAACACGUUCAUGGACAAAUCCUGUCUUAGUCUUGGCCCAAAAAUGCUGAGCAGAAGACUCAUGGGUGUCAGUGCAUCGCUGCCUGACAACAGCACACUAGGAGUCCCCAUCAAGCCAUCGGGAAAAAAGCAGCUGAAAUACCUGAACAAAAGCGAAUUGAUCAACGUGCAGAACAGCACCUGCAAUUCCGUUGAGAACAUCAUUGGGGAACAGCCCCCAUCGCUGAGACGGGGCCGAAAGAGACGCUGCAAAACAAAGCACUUGGAGCACAAUGGCUCCGUCAAAAGACUGAGGCACGCGGCAGGGGAGGUGGGCUUGCCUCCGGAGGAUCGCUUGGUACGGGAGAUGGAGCAGAAGCUCCAGCAAGAGGAGGAGGACAGGAGGUUGGCCCUGCACCUGCAGCGGAUUUUCGACAGCGAAAACAGGACAGUGGAUAGGCGGAAAGUCAGAGUCGAUCGGUAUCUGCUGCGGUCAAAGAGCACUCUGGGUGCUAAGUAGCACUGUUGGACAAUGUUGCCUUUCUAGAGGACAAUGAGGUUUAUCAGAUUAUCUUAUAGGAAAACUAUUUUUUGUCAUACUUCCACCCACAACAAUUGUUUUUUGGUUUUGGUGGUAAGACAUAUGUAGGUCCAGUUCAGAGAGAAGCCAGAGUCCUUUCAGAUUAAAAAAAAAAAAGAGAGAGAGAGAAAAAAAUCCUCCAGCUUUCUGGUCCAUUGGUCUGAAAGAAGUGUCCGUCGUCCUCGUGAAUACACUGCAACGCCUCUACAUGCAGUCGGUGACAUUUGGGUUCCCCAGCUAGGAGGGUUGUGUGAGCAGCACAUGGGGUAUGGGGUAAGGACCUUGGCCGUUCCUUGCCUUGCUGCUUCAGUAAGCCAAGAGAAAUCAGAGCUCUGCUCGUGGAGAGGAAAGUAGGCUUUUUCUGUCCUCUCUGCCUGCCCCGUUUUCUUCCUUACGCUGCAGCUGGCUGCGGUGGUCAGACCGUUACCGACGUCAGCGUGUUCGAGUGACCUGACUCGAGGGCUGUUGGGGAGGGAGGCUGAUCCUUAUUUCUGCUAGGAAGUACCAAAUAGAUCCACCCAUAGUACUUAUAAAUGAAUGUAUCUCACUGUCUGCACCGGCAGUACAGAUCAUAGGUUACUUUCUUUAAGUAGAAGGCCAAAUGCAGUGAAGAAAGACAUAAAGUAAGGAUUUUACUAAGAAGCCUUAUAGGAAUUUGCACAUUCAUGUUAACGACACAGCAGAGGGCUCGGGUAGAGCAGCUGGGAGCCAUGCGCUGGGGGCUGUGACCCAGGGAGCAAAUGCAGCUUUUCUCCUGGUCCCUGCCUCUUCGGAGGCAAGAGGGUUUCAUGUUCUUCCCACUAACAUUGAAAUCUAGAAAGGGAAACCCUGGCCGGGUGAUUUCGGGAAGGACGUUCUCCCUGCUGACACGUACGUACCCUGCAGGUUCUUGCUCAGUUAAGAGAUCUCUCAGCACACCUAAGACCUGUCCUUACAUGUCCAAGAGCAGCCCGAGGAGGCAUCCCAAGGUAUCUGACGCAUCGCCGUCCUCUCCGAGGCACCUGAUGGGUUGGCAGUAGAGCUGGGACAGGAGCCCAGCCCUCCCGGCCCGUGGGCACACAGAGGUGGGCACUCAGGGCGAUGCAAGCCUGCCCUGCCCCUGCUCCGAGCUAGCCAUCUUCAGGUUCAAACCACUAAGAAAGCUCAGGUGAGCGACGCACUAAAAAUUUCCACUUAAAGGCAUUAAGCAGGGCACGGCAACCUGGACCAGAGCUAGCUCGGAGCCUGGGCUUGGUGGAGCAUGUGUUGUCUGCCCAGAUGUGGCCUUCAGUGGCAGCCCACCCUCUGGGCUCUUUGUGUUUCUAACGCUCUUCCCUAUCAUCCAUUAUCAGCACAACAAUUUCGUUGAUUAUUUCCAGUAACCGGGAUCAAAAAACAUCAGCUCAGCUUGAUACUUGAAAGCUGCCUUGCAGUGUAUUCACUGGGGACCCUCGGUGCCUGCAGGGACCUUCGUCCAGGGCGGAGGCUGCGGCGUUAACGAUCUUGCUGACCUCUGUGCCAGAUGAGGAGCAGUAUUUUUCAGGACGUAACUGAAGCACAGUGCUGGGGCAAACUUGCUGUGACCCAUGGUGUGAAGGGAAGACAACUAAUGCAUUUAAACAGAUUAAUCUGAUCUAAGAGAAUGGUCAUUGCCCAGUUUCCUCUAUCUAAAAAAUGGUUUAAUUUCUCCCUCCAUCUUAAACGAUUAAAAAAAAAAAAAAUGAAAACUGAUUUUCUUUUUCUCUCCUGGCAUACUUGCAUAGCUGCAAGGACCCUGGCGCUUUUUUCCCAAUUGAACUGGAUUUUUUUUUAAAAAAAAGAAAUCUUAUAUUUUAAUGGAUAAAAUUUAUAUAUUUUAAAUACUAUAUUUCAACAGAUUGACACUUUCGUUUUGAGAAAUCUUAUAGCAAUGAUUCCGUAAUAUAUAUCUCUAUCUCUGUAUCUCCUUAACACACAAACUACUGGAUGUUUAAAGUCAUACCUAGGGCCGGCUAGACCUGGCCUGCUCUGCCUACCCACUGUGGCUCGUGGGUGAUGGCUUUCUGUGCCCUCUCACAUGCUACAGCCUUGUUAGGUGCUGAUUGAAGCAGGCGCUUUUGACCCAAACCGAAUCCUGCUCCUGUAUCCGGCUGUGAAUUGGAAGGAAAUUAAGUAAUUAGAGCCUUGACAGACCUAGAAGAGCAGCGCAGAGAGAAGUAGUGGUGGCCUGGAUCUGCCCUUUGUAGUGAAAUAAGCUCAGGAGGGAAACUCACAGCUUUUACUCAGAAUUCAUGCCAUUUUUUCCCAACAUUUUGAGCUAAAGCAUGCACUUCUCAAGUGCAUCUAGAUAUAUAAUUAUUUUUACAGGCCUCCUUCUCCCUGCCCCUUCCCUGCGGUUAAUCCCUUGAGCCCGAAUCAGACUUCCCUAAACAGUUUUCCUUUUUUCUUGCGGUGCUUGUGCGGGUUUCAUCCAGGCUUGGGCUGCUGGGCGCGCUCUGAGCAAGCCUACACCACAAAAAACUAGAUUUACAUGCUGAAUGUAUCCUGUCUUUCCCCUCUUAAAGUAGAUUUCGCAGUCCAAUGCACCAGGCCAGUGUCUUAAAUAUCUUCUUUUUAAAAGAUUACAUAAAUAUUUAGUUUUUUGUGUGUUAAUUUCCUCUUUCUAAAUCUGAGCUGGGUGGAAACGUGGGAGGCAAUGCCUGAGCUGGAGCUGUCCUCAGCCAAAAAAGAUUAAUGGGACCCCUCACACCCCCGGCUUCCCAAACCUCGCCUUCACUGGGCAGCCGGCUGCCCCCAAAACAGAGCGCUGCUCAGCUCCCUAAGCAUCACGCACAGUCCGUUGCAUCCACAUUGAAGGAGACCUUUGGACGUGGUGUUGCAGUCACGUCGUGGAAGGGUUGCGGUUGCAGCAUCUUUUGGUAAAGCAUCAGGGUAGGAUCGAUCUUUUCUCAUGAGGUUGUGCACCCACAGGUUUUUAGUCCGAUGGAGCUGCUGGCUGCAUUUCUACAUUUGCUUCUCCAUCUAGUUGCUUAAGGACUGGGGAAAACAUGGGCUGUUUUUCAGCCGGCUUGCCUAGACCCUCUCGCCUUCUUCCUGAGCUAGCAAGAACAUGACUGCCCUCGGCUGAAAUCUACCCGAGGCAGUGUCGGGUUUGAGACUUGAGGCGAUGUGAAGCUAGGAUGAAUGUUUUAUUAAUUUAACACUCUGUAAGUUUGUGUAAGCUUGCACAAAAAAAAAAAUUGUAUAUAAUUACACUUAAAAGAGCAGGAAUUCCCAGCCUCUACCCUUUAAAGGUCAGGUGUGACGCUACCUUUGCCACAAGUAAUGCCAGCUGAGAAGUAAAAUACCUCUUGCUGAACGGUGGAUGCAGCACAAGAUCUGCAGAGGCCCUAAGAUGAAACCAAGUAUUUAUUUAUGCUUACAUGAAAGUCAUUUCUAAUCCUCCUCCUUUCUGCAGCCACCUUCUCUCUGGGAUGAAGGCAGUCCUUGCCGGCUGUGGGACAGCACGGGCAUGCGAGUAUCCUCCCAAAAUGGGAAGCUGUCUUCUCUUGUGAGAAAAAAACAGGUCAAGAGAUUGCACUGCUGGUAGCGCUGGAGGGGCUGGGGUUGGUUUGACGACAGAAGGACCGUGUCUGCCAAAGAUGCCACCGACUCUGGAAAGUUGCUUUCUGACCCUCCGGAGCUGUGUGCCUGGGAAAAGCCGUACGGAAAGGUCCGAGUUUGGAGUCAGUGAGAUCAGAUAAAUGAAGGAAAAGUGCCAAAAGAAGGGAUCAUGCCAGAUGAUUGUAUAAUGUUGUUCUAUAUUGUCAGUAUUUUUCUUCAAAUGCUAUUGUACAUGCAGUGCACAGUAGUCAUGAAGUGUAGCUUGAACAAGCGCUUCUUUGUAUUUUCUCAGUGAAAGCAAAGGGGGAGGUUGAAGCCUUAAAGACUAUCACUGAUUUUAAAAACAAGCCUUUACCAAUGUUCUGAGGACAGACCCCAGGGCUCCGCCUGGACCCUCCAACAGCCCUGUGCCAUCUCCCAGUUGUCCGGCAAAAGGUUGACAAGGAGCUUGUCCCAUGCGUGGGGGGAAGCGUUUCACGAAAACCCAUCCCCUCUCGCCCCUUGGGGCACCCGAGAUGCAAACUAACGACUGUUGGAUGCCACGAUCUCGUAUGGCACCGUGAUGGAGACCCAUGGGAUGUCCCCAUGGAAGGCAGCUGGGUGGAACUGGGACGCGAUGCCGGUUUGAACUACAGUGCGGAAGCUGGGAUGAUCCCCACGUGUCGCACACAUCUGACACAAACCUUUCUCUUCCCCAAGUCUGUAAAACACCGCAAAGCAUCAGCUCUAGAAUUAGCUCUUCACUAUGCAAACAGAAAAACCUUCAGCUGGUUACAAAGGGGUUUGUGUAUGCCUGGUUUCCUUGGUGUUUACUGUCAAACUGUUUAAAACAAAUCUAGAUGUUGCUACACUUUUUUUCCAAUAAUGCUUUAAAUUGUUGUGCUUUCGUGUUCUCCUCAGCUCGCCAGCGGAGCACUGGGGUGGUAAAAGACUUACGGUCAUUUUGGGUCUCAGCUGAACCAGCGUGGCUUCAUCCGAAUGUUUUAAAAAGCGAUGGAAGUUACUGAAGGACUGUUGACUUGCAUGUGUAAAAUGUGUGGGUAAAAUGACAUGCAGGCGUCUGUCAUGUUGUGGCUUCUGUUAUUUGGAACAGAGUAAAUCCUGCUUGUGAAAAAAUUGUCACAAACCAGAAAUAUGCCAACUGUGUACAAAUAACAUGUACAUUUUAACGGCAACGAGGACUUUUAACUGCAGGACAAAGGCCGAGGUUAAAACAGAAUAAAACCAGGUUCUGACAGUGAA